CUCACGGGAGGAAAAGGCUAACAUAUUCUGUACGAUCGCAUAGUUUGGGCGAAACCGCCUGCCAUCUUGUUGGUGUCUUCCCAGCGGGGAAGGGAAGAAUUGUUGGCGCUAGUGUUGUCCCGGGUGCUGGAAAGAUGGUUACCAUCUCAACCGUUGCCGUGCGGGCCGGCGUACUGUUUGCGCUUGUUGGCAUCCUGCUGGCUGCACCGGACACGUCCGAUUUGAGCGUCCCGCCGGCACGCCGUUUCCAUGCCAAGUUCGUGGUCGACCGAAUCGAACCAAGGCGUCCACUAUCAACCGACGACCGAUCAACGCCCGGUGCCGAUGGGCUCGGUGUGCCGGCCGGGUUGGCCACUGCUCCAACACCGGCCCGAACCCGUUCGACGACGCGCUGCCGCGAGGGCUGCCUGCAAAAGCGAUCUAUAAAGGACAUCCUCUGCACACAACAGCGCGAAUGCUCAAUGUGCUGGGACGUGUGCAACCGUAACCACCAGAUCCGGAAGGAGAACGAGCUCGCUCACCGGUUACUGUUGAGCCUGGUGCGUUUGAUACGCAACGAGUCGGUGGUGACGGCCGACAUCGAAUGGACGACACCGGAGGAGCUGGUACAGCAUCAGCCACAUCCGGUUGUACCUUCACCGCUCGCAGCCAGCGAGAACGUCGAGCGAUUGUCACGGAUCGCACGGGACGGUGUCGGUGCGCGGGACGGUGUGUCGCGCAUCAUGCAGACAUUAGCGAACCGACCGGCACCGAACCCGCCCAGUGAAGAACCACACCUGCAGGAGUACCACCAAUGCUUGGUGUCGUGGGAGAUUUCCGGCGGUGGCCUCACCGGCAACCUGCUGACGGAAACGUCCAAGGUGGAGCUGUCCCUGUGGCCAAACACAAAGUACCACGUGCAUGUUACCUGCCGAAAUAAGGAAACGGAUUCCCUUAUCCGCUCGUCGUCCCUGCUCGUCGACACCAGCGAGGCGGUGAUUGUGAGUCUGCAGGGCACUACCUCUACUACGACUGAAACUCCUCCACCUUCGCCACCGCCGCCACCACCACCACCGGCGCUGGGGAAUGGUUCCAUCAACUCGGCCAUCCAGUCCAUCACCUCCAACCGGGUAGACGCCGACCAGGAUAAUCUACCAUCCCCGGUGGAUGAUGACGAUCUGCAGAUGUUUGCAGAGCAGCAGCAGCAGCAGCAGCAACAGCAACACCAUCGGCAUCAUAGCUUUUGGCCAUUCAAUCGGAGCAGAGGAGACCUGUCGAAUGGUGCGUCCGGUAGCUCCAAGGAGAUUGUCAUCUUGGGCGUGUUCGUGGCCCUGCUUGCGCUCGUGCUGGUAGCGCUCACCGUUGUGAUAAUGGUCCGCCGGAAGCCGGGACCGCACGAGGACCGGGAGCUGCUGAUCGAGAGCGAAAUCCUACCGAAGAUUCUGCACGUUUGAUAGAGGAAUGCAGAACCGAGACGCCGGCGUCGUUCGCUGCUGUAAAUAGUCUAUUUAUGAUCAACGAUCCUAAGAGCGCGUAAGUCUAUUCUGCUCGAUGUCUGACGAUGCUGACAGUGAUCCCAUUUUCCAUUUUCGUCCACCCGUUACGUUUCUGGUUUAUUCUUUCGCUAUGGGGAGAAAUAGGGUUCUGUUUUGCUUCCUUCACGUCUCCCUCGCUUUCUCGAAUCUCGAUCGUAAUGUCGAAAGAUACCCCAAGGAAUUCGGGUGCAUAUCUCUUUAUCUAUCUAUUCCCAUUCUCCAACAAGACGCGCAUCAUGACUAAGUUAUUACUAAUUGAAUAUAGGAAGCAGAAGAUAUGGCAAGCUACGAAGGUUUAAGCUACGCAAGCAAGAAAUACUAGUCUUAGAACGUGUAAAAUUGGCAAUUCGCCUAGAUUCUUCCCUCCUGCUGUCAGGUGUGGACAGUCUCUUCGUAGCAGUGCGGAAGGUAUGAGGUGAGCUUUCUUUUCUGUUUCUGUUUUCGGCCGGUGCGGGUGAUCGAUCCAACCAUGGACCCGACCCACGCCUACCAAAAAAAAAAAAAAAACUGGGGGAACUAUUGGGGCAAUUGCUCUGAGUGAUGUGUGAACCGGCAGAUAUUUAAACGUGUUGAAACUACUAAAAAAUUUAGUCUACAAAUAAGGGGAUGUCAGGGGUGCCCAACACUGUGAAACUAGCUAAGAGAUAUCGAACGUUAGCGUGCGGGGAAGAAAUGGUUUUAGAUGUGUGAAGGAAAGAUAACAAAAAAAAAACAUCCAUACCCGCACUAGCAACCUUACCAAUGUUCUCCUUACCUUGCAUUCCCGGUGAAUGGAGGAGUGCAGCAGAAAUAACAGAUAAACCAAAUUAUGCAGAUACAUAUGAUUUUCAAUAGCAAGUGAGUCAGUGAACGAUAACCGAAAAGCAUCAGAUAGAGGCAGCGACUCUGUAAUAUCUUCCUUCGACAGAUAGCAUGUGCAUAUGCGAACUGUCCCAAGGUGAGCGUCCCAGUCCAAAACAAACCAACCGUGUGUUGGAAAGGUUAAAAAAAGAAUUAAACAAGAUGAAAAAUGUUACAAUUGGGGUAACCAAAUCAAAACGGAAUCACGUGUGAAAGUGGAUAAGUAAGUAGCUAAGAACAGAAAACAGGGUGUACUAGGCUUACCAAUUUGUGUCGAAAGUCGUACAAAGGUAGAAAGAAAAGCAACUAAAACAAAUCUGACUCACAAACAGUACCGAAACGGGAAAAGCAGUUUGUAAAAUAUGAAUAACUGAUGCAACAUGAUUUAGGAAAAAAUGGCAAAAGCAACAUAUGAAGGAAAUCAGCAAGAGAGGAAAUAAAAGAAUGAUAAGGAAACCCGUUUUCGGAAGGUCCAACCGUAACUAACAGCUAAACACUAGAGUAGACAAAUGGAAAUAAAUGAAGUAUCUCGAGUAUCUCCCUCUACACACUGCGAACGGGCAGUGCGGAAGCGAUUUAUUCGAGAUGGUGGGUGUAAUAUAAAGGAAUAAAGCAAGCAUGUGUACAUUUGUGUAAAAAGACUGACUCAAGAUCAUUGUAAAAUAAAGCUCUUU